CUGGGUGUCUGAAUAAGAAUAUGAAGGCAAUGUUGUCACAAAGAUUUGUUAAACAAUUGGGCUAUAUCGGCAUCAACUGUCAAAAGCGUAACUUCACGUUAUAGGCUAAUUAAUCUAGAUAUGAUCAUAUAGGCAAUGUGUGUUGAAAAGUAGAUGUGUUAUCGUGGCUAAUCGAAUGUGCAUGGCUGCGUUGGUAAAACAGUGCAGGAGAACAGAUUCAUUCGUCUAGGGCUAGAACUGUAUGCGCCGGUUCGCGAUUAGGCAGACAGCUGUAGCAAAGGAUUUUUUUCUCAGAGGCUUUGAAGGCUUCCGACCAACCAGAUUCGUCGAUGUGAUGCGUCGCCAACUGUGUUUCUCUCUGAUUAUAUAGGAGACGUGGAGGCGAUGGCACAAGAAGACAUUGAGAUACAGAGUGUGACCUGUUCGUCAAAUAAUUGCUGACUGUAGUAAUUAAACAUGGUUAAUUUCACUGAGAUGCAUUCACUGGAAACCGCGUUCUCGCGGGAGUCGACUAGGACCUGCAGAACGGUCGGACAACAUUCAAAGACAUUGGUUUCAUAGGACGAUGAAGAAGCUAUAGCCGCGUCUCAGUCCUAAUGUACGGACAGUAUAUUUAAUAAGAAAUUAUGAAUAGCUAUUUUUAAGAUGGUUUAUGCAUCCGUCUUUUAAUUUUUCCACUGGAGUGACUCAAGAGAGCUGACUGGACUCAUGAAUUCUUCAUUUAUUUUUGACAAAGAUUCCAAGAUGACGGUGGAAGGUUCUACAAUUAAAAGUCGGAUUAAAAGUCUUCUACGUUCACCAUCUAUAAAACUGAGAAGAAGUAAACCGGGGAACAACAAGGAGAACCUUUCUAACAAGGUGACGCUUGAGAAGGUCUUGGGGAUCACCACAUUAGGAAACCGUGCGUUGGCCAGUGACCCGCGCUCCGGCCUGGUGGCCUACCCUGCAGGAUGUGUCGUGGUGUUGUUGAACCCCAAAAAGAACAAGCAGCAUCACAUUGUCAACAGCUUCAGGAAAACCAUCACCACUGUGUCCUUUUCUCCGGAUGGGAAGUAUGUGGUCACUGGAGAGAGCGGGCACAUGCCAGCGGUGCGGGUGUGGGAGGUGGCGGAGCGGACGCAGGUGGCGGAGCUGCAGGAGCACAAAUACGGCGUGUCCUGCGUGGCCUUCUCCCCCAACAGCAAGUACAUCGUCAGCGUGGGCUACCAGCACGACAUGAUCAUCAACGUCUGGGCCUGGAAGAAAAACGUUGUGGUGGCUUCUAACAAGGUGUCCAGCAAAGUGACUGCCGUGUCCUUCUCCGAUGACAGCUCGUACUUCGUCACGGCAGGGAACCGACACGUGAAGUUUUGGUACCUGGAUCACACCAAGUCCUCCAAGGUGAACGCCACCGUGCCCCUGCUGGGCCGCUCCGGUCUGCUGGGGGAGCUGCGCAACAACUUCUUCAGCGACGUGGCGUGUGGGAAGGGCCGCAAGGCCGACAGCACCUUCUGCAUCACCACCUCGGGCCUGCUGUGCGAGUUCAACGACAAGCGGCUGCUGGACAAGUGGGUGGAGCUGCGGAAAAACGACAGUAUCACAACCACCAUGGCCACCUCUCUGUCGGUGACGGAGGACCUGAUCUUCUGUGGCUGUGCUGAUGGGACAGUGAGGGCCUUCAGCCCCAUCAACCUGCACUUCAUAUGCACCCUGCCCCGCCCCCACAGCCUGGGGACAGACAUCGCCACCGUGGUGGAGGCCAGCCACCUCUUCAACUACAAGACGGAUGCACGGUACCCAGACACGGUGGCCGUGUCGUAUGACCCGACGAACCGCUGGCUGUCGUGCGUGUACAACGACCACAGCCUGUACGUGUGGGACGUGAGGGACCUCAGGAAGGUCGGGAAGGUCUACUCGGCCCUCUACCACUCCGCCUGCGUGUGGAGCGUGGAGAUGUAUCCGGAGACCAGAGAAGGGGAGCAGCCAUGUUUGCCCCUCGGCUCCUUCCUCACCUGCUCCUCAGACAACACCGUCCGCCUGUGGAACACGGACGCACACAACGCCAGCCUGAGCCGCAACGUCAUCAGCAACGACCUGCAGAAGGUCAUCUACAUGGACAACAGCACGUCCGCGCUGCUGGACCCGGACUGCACCGACGGCAACACAGAGAAGGCCGACCCACAGACGUCCGAGAACCGCACGGGCAUCAGGACCAUGUGCGUCAGCCCCGAUGGCCAGCACCUGGCCUCUGGGGACCGCAACGGCACCUUGAGGAUCCACGAGCUUGAGUGCAUGGAGGAGAUCAUGAACGUUCAGGCUCAUGAUUCUGAGAUUCUGUGCCUGGAGUACUCCAAACCAGAAACAGGCUUUAAGCUGCUGGCCACGGCGAGUCGUGACCGCCUGAUCCAUGUUCUGGAUGCGGAGCGCGAGUACAGCCUGGUGCAGACACUCGACGAACACUCCUCAUCCAUCACCGCUGUGCGCUUCGCAGCUAACGAUGGCAAGGUGCGGAUGAUAAGCUGUGGUGCCGACAAGAGCAUCUACUUCCGCACCGCUCAGAAGACGGAUGAGGGGACGGUGUUUACACGAACACAUCACAUCGUCAGGAAGACCACCCUGUAUGACAUGGACGUCGACCCCACCAGCAAGUACGCCGCGGUCGGCUGCCAGGACCGCAGUAUCAGAAUCUUCAACAUCAGCAAUGGCAAACAGAAGAAACUGUAUAAAGGCUCCCAAGGAGAAGACGGGACUCUUAUUAAGGUACAGACAGAUCCAUCAGGGCUGUAUGUGGCCACCAGCUGUUCAGACAAGAACAUCAGCAUCUUCGACUUCUAUUCUGGGGAGUGCGUGGCCACCAUGUUCGGACACUCGGAAAUUGUGACAGGGAUGAAGUUUACCAAUGACUGCAAACACUUCAUCUCAGUCUCUGGAGACAGUUGUAUCUUCGUGUGGCGUCUGAGCCCUGAGUUGACCAUCAAAAUGAGGCAGCGUCUCUCUGAGCUCAAGAACAGUAACAAGCCGGUCCAGAAGACACCUCCACACAAACCCCUCCCUCUCAGCAUGCGGAGGGAAGUACACAGCGCUCCUGCUAUCGCCACCAUGUCCUCCGACAGCGACAAGGAGGAGGGUAUCGAGGAGGAAGACGAGGAGGAGCUGGCCUACCCGAUCACCUCCUCAGGGAGCAGCACUGGGGAAGACAACGGUUCAUCUGAGGAGAGACGCAACACUCUAAACUCCUAUGUCAGGGAUGGGAAAAGGGAUGGCAGUCGGCGGUCUGAGGUGAGCGGGGUGUCGUCUGAUGGCUCCGGGUCGAGUUCUGGCCCGCGCCCCCGCCGGCGCUGGUCCAGACGCAUCGGCAACAUGGAACUGAUGGUGAAGUCCAUGCUUGACCUGCGGCAGCUGGAGUCCUUCGCCAUGCCGCCCUCCCCCAUCAGGACCCCCACCCACGACACACUCACAGAUGAGCAGCUGGGCAGCACCAUCAGCCUGCAGACCAUCAGCGCCUGGGGGGAGGACACGGAGGAGAAGCCCCAGCGGUCCCACCCUCGCCCCCAGUACAUCAGACUGGCCUCGGAGACGCCAGACGCCGAGCCCCUCGUGCUUUACCCAGAAGGCUGUGAUGACCGGGUUAGCCUGGCCGGCAGUGAGUACCAGGUGAAGGAGACCGCUGGAGUGUUGGCGAGGAUCUUGAGGGGGGGGCACUGCCAUGACAAGCACAGCCCCGACAGCGCCUGCUCAGUGGACUACUCCAGCAGCAGAUUAUCCAGCCCUGAGCAUCCUGGAGAAGACACAGACCCCACAGAGCCUCUGAGUGUGGAUGGGAACUCCUCUGAACUGGACGUGGAGGAGCUGGAGGAAGAGGAAGAGGUCUUAGCGAAGAGCGAGCUCAAGGUCCCCAUGCCCCAAACACCUGACCAGGAGGCCUUCCUGAAGAUGCACUUUGGAAACCUGUCUGAGAAAAACACACCGACGAGUCCAACCAUGCCGCCAACCAACACCACUGACAGUGUGAGCAUCUCAGCCAAGUUUCUGUCCCAGACCUCCACAAGCAGAAGUGCGUUCCCUUUCCCCUCUAAGUCCGGUGCGGAUUCUAAGGCAGCCAGUGGGGUGGUGCGCCCCUUGGUCUCAGAGGUCCGCCCUCUCAUGGAGAAGCGAAGUGUUUCCCCAGUGCAACAGGAAGUGGAUCCUGCCUCAGAAAACGCCCUGCUUACUCGCUGCACGCCGCAGAAGAAGAGGGUGUCCGUGGACCACAGACGGGCGAUCGGCCCUGUUGCCAGGGCUGCGGCUUGCUAUGGCAACGGCGGUGGGAUGAGGAAAGCCCAGUCGGCACAUAACAUCUCAGCUGGAGCGGAGGCAUCUCAGCCUCUCUCUCGACCCUCUAAAGAGGUGGCUCCUCAGCCUCAGGUCAGGGAUCGUAUCCAUUCCUCCCCGCCUCGUCGCGCUCUACCCUCCGUGCCCACCGUCUCCAGCCCCACCUCCCCCACGUCCCGCGAUGGACCCACCACCCCCACGUGCCCCAAACCCUCCAAGUCCCGUUCCUACAUGAGCCCCACCACCAGCUCCAUGGCCAAGAUGUCCCGCUCCAUGUCCAUGGGGGAGUGCCUCAAUAUGGGAGAGUCAGGAGAGGACACCAGCUCCUCAGAGAACCGCCGUGGGUCUGGGUCUGAGUCCGCCAAAAGUGGGUCGUCCUCAUCCAAACCCACCACGCCCGUGGUUCUGUUCUCUCCCGGUUUGGUGGCAUCCCCUUCGGCUUUUGUGAUGCCUCAUGCUGCGGUCACCCCCACCCUCAACGCCUCUGCUCCUGGUGGCUCCUCCACCACCAAGGGUCUCCAGGCCAAGCUCUCGGUCAGCACUCGACCCCAGCUACAUCUGGACAUCUCCAAGCCCCUGCCAGAUAAGCUCUCAGUGGCCUCCUUCUCCCCCAACAGCAAGUCCUCCAAGGUGAUCCGAGAGGAGGCGACCCCCUUCCAGUCUCCGGUGAGUGUCGGUCCUCUUCAGGGAAGCUCCCAGAACCAACCUCCAGUGCUCUCCAGUAAUGUCCAACUGGUCACAGCUCUCUGCAGCAACAUCUCCCUGGAAUCUCCUCUGGAGAGCGUCCUGCCCGUGCUCUCGGCAGAGCAGAACCAAAACCCAGAGAAGCCCGCUGAGGGAAGACAGACAAGCUCACAGGGGGAGGAUAGGACCGUGCCAGAGAUGAACCCAACCAUGGCGAACCACUUUGGCAUGCCGACCCCAGUUCCUCCAUGCCCGUCCUCACAGGAAGCAGACCCCUCAGUCAACAUUGAUGCCUGCAGAAUGGCAGCCAGUGAACUACAGAACAGCAUCAGAAGGACCUGCCAUCUUUACCGAAUGGUAAGCAGUGGCAACAGCCCAGAUGUUCCCCAGGAGCACCUGGAGAUGACGCGGGUACUAGCCGAGGCUCUGGACGGGGUCAGAGUGGAGCUGAACACCCUCCAGCCCCUCGGCCCGAGCCCAUCCAUAGGGGCCUCCGCCGGCCUGCUGUGCACUCUGAGUGGCCGGCCAUCAGCCCAGGGCGAGGACAGGACAAUGGCCCUGCUGGAACAGUACUCUGAGCUCCUGCUGCGAGCCGUGGAGAAGAGGAUGGACGACAAGUACUGACUUCACGAAAGACAAACAAAACAACCCAACAAGCAAGCAUAACGUUUGCAGACCAACUUCCACAAAGACAGAGGAAGCCAAACGUUUGACGCUCCAUUUCUAUUCUUUUUUUUAUCAACACAGUCUUUCUUUUUAUAAGACAUUAAAAGAACAAUGGAAAAAGGCCUGUGUUUUUUUUUUUUUUUUUAAAGACUAAUUGUUUUGCUUUUGAAGAAGUUGGCUUUUUUCUCUCCUCUCAAGUAGACACUUGAUUGUACCCGUUCCCUCUCUUAUUCCCUUUACUAUUCCAGAAAGGAUGGUGCUGGUGUGUAACAGGCUGUCUCAACCAAUCACAGGACAAGCACCAUGGGCCUUUAGGAACACUGUCUAAGCACCAGGGGUGUGGCUUUACUGCACUAUAGAGACAGCGAGAUACAGACCCUACCUCCCAGUUAAGUGUGCUACUUAGGAUACUCUUACCACCACUUUUGUCAGCCAUUGCCAAAUAUUGUGCCCCUUUGCUUACAUGACUUGACAUUUUACUUAUGGUUUUUUUUUUUGUAUUUGUUUGCUUGUUUGCAGAUAGAAAGCUAGUGAAAUAGUGAUCUAUCUGCAUCUUGGGUGACUUGAACUCUGGACUCUUUAAGGUUACUGAUUUCCCCUCAGCAGGCUGCGUUGGUCAAGAGUGAAGGAACUGAACUCAAACAGUCGUGAUGGUAAAUUGUACUGUUCACCAUCUUUUUGAAAGUUGGAAAAUGAACUGUUGAAAAAAAAGAGCAAGCAAGGAGAAACGGUAGAGUUUUCAAGGAGGUGACACUUGUUUUUAUGAGAGUAAUUCUCAUCAUGAUAAUGUGAAUAAUCGUGUGUGCGUGUUUGUGUUUUUGUAUAUACGUAUGGUCCAUUGUCAAGGUUGUACUCUGAGAGGUCCAGACUUGCAGGCAAUGUCACAGCACUUUCUGCAAUCAAAUCUUCCAGAGGGGACUGUGUCCCCCUCAUGCGUCUUAAAAAAAAGCCUGAUUUUAUGUUUUUACUCGUAUGAAACAGUGAUUUUUACAGUGUUUUUAGAGAGACUAAUAGGUAGAUGUGGAGCGUAUUACCAUAUUUAUUCUGAUGUAGUAGGUCACAAGGAGAGAGAUGCAAACUCCUCAAUGUGGGAUAGGGCGCGUUUUGAUACUGGAUACAGGAAGUGCCAGCAGAUCAGAGACGGGGUCAGAGGUGGCUCCUGUGUCAUCAGAACCAGGGUGAGGUCACAGAAUUAAAAAAUGAUAAUAAUUGAGCUCCUUCCAAAUCCCACAUGCAGUUUUAUCUCAAGGAAAUGGGUGCCUUAUUUUCAAACCAGCAUCACACAAAAGGAAAACGAGAACAAUGUGCUUGCAAACGAAUAUGUCAUUUGUCUGUUUGAUUAAAAUUAUAGAAUUUGUAUGAUGUGAUUUGUCUUGACGAGAAGAGCUGGUCUGGUGGCACUGAAGGAAACCCUACGCCCCGCAGCAGAGUCGAGCCCUGCCGUGACCCUGCCGUGACCGCGCAGUCCAGAGCCAUAUGUUUCCACAAGCGGCACAAACACACAGACACACGUCUGUGAUUCAGAGCCACUUGACAUGCACUAAUCUGCUUUUGAACACUUAGAGUGACUCAGUAACCAUUGCCAGUACAAUCAAAUUUCAGACACGAGACUCGUCACAUGAUCCUCGUUCUGAGGGGAUCUUUUUAUGCGGUAUCUCGGACACGGUCUCUCUCUGUGCUCUGGCCUGCGGCACUCUCUCAUUUUGUUUUCUCGAUUGUGUUUUUGAAAAGCAAUGUAAAGCACUUUCAUUCCUUUGGACUAGUUGUCUUUUCAAAUAAUGACGUGUGUGUGUGUGCAUUAAGAAUACUUCUAAGCUAUCAGAUUUGUCUUUUACAAUGUAAUGUCUACUUUUGAUGUACUUUUUCCCCAGUUACUCACUAUAGCUUGUAUAGCCUUGGAGGACUGUUUCCUCUGACUGAGUUUAACACAACACUGCCUCCCUCUGGUCUAGGUCAACCUGGUCACCCAACAACAAACACCAGACUGUUUUUUUACAGUGACCCAGAUGCCAGGUAUUUUACUAAAUCCAGUGCUGGAAUUGGGAUUGGUCCAAUUCUUGAAUAAAGUAAUAUUUUCAGUGAACAAUUCACAUUCGAAAUGCCAUUGUACCCAGAGCUGUGUCUGGUCUGUCGCUGGGUGGAUGGACUUCAAUUAAUGAAGCGCUUAUCUUUUUUUCUGGCAUCUUGGUCAUCUUUCAAACACUUCUCUGUAUAGCUGUAGAAUACCGUGCUCUUGGUCAUAUUUAUUAAGUACACUUUGACUGUGGUAUAAUUCAACGGUUUUGAAUUAGCAUAUUCAUCUGAUCGAGUCAUCUUUCCCACAUCAUGCUUGCUCAUCUCAGAACGUGCUAAGUGCAUUUUUAUACGACUUAAUGAAUGUGCAUGGGAUGCAACAUAUUUGGAAAGCUGCAUUUGAAUAUACAGUAGGACUUCAGAAGGUGAAAGUGAAACCAUAGUGAAGAAGGUAGAAAUAUCAUGUCACGUUAAAUAUCGAGCCCCAUACCAUAACCCCAUCGCUAUGACAGCAGGGUUUCUCGAAUCACAGCCCCUUGGAGGCCAGAAAAAAGUUGAUGUUGUCUUAACUGACUACAAACUUAAUGUUUAAACUUUACCUCACAGGUGAACUUGUACACCUGGCUGCAGUUUUAUUCCCAUGAACACAAACAUUAGAGGUUGGUGUUGCUUUUCUGAGGAAGCCAUCUCAAAUGAGAGUAUCAAAUUUGAUGGUACUGUUCAAAAAUAAUCAAAUAAAAAGUGGUCAUGGGUCUGAAGGCAGGUUAAAGUGGCCGAUUUGAGGAAUUAUAUUGUUAGCACCAAACAUUUUCCAACUCAUCUUAAAGACUGCAAAGUGAGGCAAAGCUGCAGGAUUGCAUCUGACACUCCAGCGAUAUGAAGACCUGAGGCUUUCAGCCGUUAGCAUGAGCACAUGUGCAUGACGACAGAUGGGCAGUAGGGCUGGCUUGAGUCUCACUAAUAGAAUGCAUGGUUAUACUAGUUGACUUGCGCUGCAUAGAAGUCCAUUCAAAUCUCUUCUAUUCUCUGCUACUCCUGAAGCUGACUAAUUAUGAUCUCAACUGAUCUUAUAUUGUGUUUGUGUUUGUGUUUGUUUCUUUUCUUGUUUUUUUUUUUUUUUUGUAUGAUUAAGAUGAUUGUCUUAGUCGUAAAAAACCACCAGGUGGACCAGGUGGUUUCCCUUACUUGAGGCUGUUUCUUUUGGGAAACUUUUGUGACUCCUACGUUUUUUUCACCGAUCCUAAGUUCAGAGUGUUUUAACCCUCAGUGUUUAUAUAUUCUCUAUAUCCUCAACAAAAACAAUUUCUUCCAGGAUAGACAAAAACCUCGAAUAAAAACGGUAUUUAUUACACCCUA